AUGGAUGUUUCACCAAACAAUUUAGAAUUCACUGGAUCAUUUACCAAACAAAUCACUGAAUAUUUAACUUUAUCUAAUCCAACUAAUACUCCAUUGGCUUUUAAAGUUAAAACCACUGCACCAAAGUUAUAUUGUGUUAGACCAAAUGCUAGUAUUGUUCAACCAGGAGAUUCAUUACAAAUUUCUAUUAUUUUACAAGGAUUUUCUCAACCAUUACCAAAUGAUUAUAAAUGUAAAGAUAAAUUUUUAUUAGUUUCUGUACCAGCACCAAAUUCAAUUGAUCCAUCUAAAGUUGGUGAAUCUUGGAGUCAAUUAGAAGCUCAAUUCAAACCUCAAGUUGUUUCUAAAAAAUUGAGAGUUAAUUAUGUUGUUGGUCCAGAUAAGCCAGAUGGUGGUGCUGGUGUCAAUCAACAACAACAACAACAACCAAGUCAACAACAACCACAAUUCAAUCAACAACCACAACAACAAUCUCAGCAAUUUCAACAAUCUCAACCAUCUCAACAAUCCAUUCCACAAUUGCAACAACAACAACAACAACCAAGUCAAUCAAGUAUUGAUGUUGGUACUGGUGCUGGUAUUGCUGCCGGUGCUGGUGCUCUUGCCGGUGGUGUUAUUGGUAGUUCUGGCUAUAAUCAAGCUCAGAAUGUUCCAAAUGGUGAUAAUUCUUUCAAUCAAACUGCCAAUAGAUCAUUUGACACUUCUUCUGCUCAUAAUGGUUUCAAUAACCAAUCAUUUGGUGGUGCUUCUCAACAACAACAACAACAACAACAACCUCAUCAACAAUUACAACAACAACAUUAUCAACAAUCAAGCUAUCAAGCUACUGGUGGUAAUGGAUACGGUGGCAAUGUUGGUGGUGGUGUUGGUGCAGGUGCAGGUGCAGGUGCAUCUCAACCAUCUCCAGCUUUACAACGUGAAUUGGAAGCUUUAGCUAGACAAGUUCAAACAUUAUCUACUAAAUUGGAUCAAAAUGAAAAAUCUGCUGCCUCAAGAAGUCCAGUUUCUUCCUUGGUUGGAGGAUCUGGUGAUGAUGUCAGUGGUAUUUCAUUACCAGUUGCUUUAGUUUUAGUACUCAUUGCUUUCCUUAUUGGUUGGUUAGUAUUUUAA